UUCUUUUCCUAACAAUAUGAGCAGCUGAUCGUUUAAAUCGUAAUGAUUUACGAAUAAUAAGGCUUAUUGAAUAAGCUAUUUAACUUAUCAUUCCGUUUGACUUUAAUUUACCCAAAUUAUUGACUCAUCCAUUCCAAAACUAAUUGUAUUAAAUUACACUCAUUGAUAGUUUCGUUAAGCUUAAAACUAUUUACAUCAACAAGUUUAUUGAAUAUUGAUUAUUUUUUCUUGGAUAAAAUCAAUUCUCCAAUAUUCAAUAAUUACUGUGAUUGGCGCUCUUUCUUCAGUCUCGAACUUAAUAAUCUUUAUGAAAAGAAAAUAAAUAUGGAUAAAUAUUUAAUCGAUUAAAAACAAGUCCAUUCCUGUUGUGUGACUGUCAAGAGCAUUUAAUAUAAAACAUUCCGGAUUUCUUGGAUCUCGUAUUAACCACGGAAAAUCUCAUAUAAUGGACAAAAAAUAUUUGCCAGUCGUUUAUUUAACAAAGAAAGUUUCUUUCAGUGCUGCUCAUCGCUUACAUUCAAGUAAAUUAGACGAGAAUGCUAACCGAACAAUUUUUGGAAAGUGCAAUAAUCCAAAUGGUCAUGGACACAACUAUCGAGUUGAAGUUACUCUUAAAGGACCUGUUGAUGCAGAAACAGGAAUGCUCAUCAAUUUAACUUUACUCAAGAAAAUUAUCGGACAAGUUAUUGAUACUUUGGAUCAUAAAUUUAUCGACCGAGAUGUGCCAUAUUUCAGUGAUUACGGAAAAGUGUCAACAGUGGAAAAUAUUGCAGUUUAUCUUUAUGAUUAUAUUAAGGAAAAUUUACCUCGAGACAUACUCUAUUCAGUUAUCGUUCAUGAAACAGAUGAUAAUGUGGUUGAAUAUCGUGGCGAGAAGAAUCAUUAAUGUCUAUUUACAGUAUUAAUCCUCCGUUGGUGGUAAUCUUUUAUUGCAACAAUUAUGAAUAAUUAUUCAACUUUUAUCGUGAUAACAUAAAACUCAAUGUUAAAACACACUUUUGUUUUUUUAAUGAAAUGUCAAGACCAUUUAUUCGUUAUGUUUCAACUCAGUGAAAAAUAAAUAUUGUUUAUUGACUACACUAGUGUGGUUGAUCCAUUUUA